CUCGUUCACAGCACUCACUCACCCAGACACACCCCCUCACACUUCACAUAUCAUCAGCAUGGCCAAGGAGCGCAAGGAAAAAAAGGAGAAGAAGUCCUCCAAGGCUGAGAAGGUCGAGAAGGUUGAGAAAGUCGAUAAGAAAAUCGAUGCCGGCAACGAAUCUGAUAUGGAUGUUGAUGCUCCCGCUCGCAUCGUUGACAUCUCUCCAAUCGCCUCUCCUUUGGCCGCCGAUAAGUUGACGAAGAAGCUGUUGAAGACCGUCAAGAAGGCUGCCAAGGCCAAGCAUGUGAAGCGUGGUGUCAAGGAGGUCGUCAAGGGUCUCCGUAAGGGCGAGAAGGGUCUUGUAUUGAUUGCGGGCGACAUUUCACCCAUCGAUGUGAUCACGCACGUCCCAGUCCUGUGCGAGGAGAACGAUGUGCCCUACAUUUUCUUGCCUUCGAAGGAGGAUCUUGGAACUGCAGGAUCGACCAAGCGCCCCACUUCAUGCGUGAUGGUUGUCUUGGGUGGCAAGAAGAAGGAUAUGGAUGGUGCCAAGGACUACAAGGAGUUGUACGAUGAGUGCUAUGCCAAGGUCAAGGAGCUGGAUGAGGCUAUCGUCUAUUAGAUACAUGAAUGAUACAGUUCCUUAAUCUCCUCCAUUGCGUCCUUCUCCAUCUUGUACUAUUGUUUUGUAGUUUCCCUUUUAUUUUUUGUCAUUAAAGCAUUUGACCUUUCUUUUUUCAUAA